AUGUCCUCUCAACUCCCAGCUUCCAAGAGCAACCAGGCCGCUCUCAUCAACAGGCCUGUCGUGCAAGAGCAUGAGGCUGUUGUCGUGGAGCAAAUUCACCCAGAUAAGCCAGACCACCAAGACUGCCCAGAAUUCCAGGCAGCCCGCAAGCACGAAUCCUUUUUGCAGCUGAUCCGCGAAUCGCCGGCAUGUAUGGCUGAAAAGUAUUUCAGCAACAUGUCUGAUCAAACAAGGCAAGAUUUCGACGAAACUACCGACAAGACUAAACGAUACUGGGCGCAACAUCCCGACCUUUUUUCACUAUACUUUGGUAACUCUGGAUCGAGCUCUGAGGCAUCCAGUGGGAAUCAGUCAACGCUGCCGACGCAGGUUUCAUCUGAUCCUACUGAAGUUGAUGGGCGCGGUGAUUACAAGACUAUCAUCCACACACCAAAGCCGCGCCGCGAACAGCGGAUCGCCGCCGACUUGGAGGGAAUGAUCGAACGGGCUGAUAGCUACGAUCCAAUCUCCCCUGCUACCCACGAAGCUGUCCACGACGCGCCCGGGAGGAUUAGGAGGCAGCCUGACAACUACCAUGCGUACCAGAGCCAGUGGCAACAACGUCUAUACGCAUUGUGGGGACGACAUCAGAACUACACGCGGCCGAGCUUCGUUCAUUGGUAUCCUGAGGAGCAUACACAGUGGUCGCAGGGUCAACAACUGCCUCCGUAUCAGCAAUGUCGGCCUCAACCACCACCGGGGUACUCGCAAUACCAUGCUGCCCAGCCGAUGUAUGCGCCUGAGUAUCAUGCUCGGUACCAGCAGCAGUAUAUCCCAUGGCAGCCAGGAUUUGGCUACUACAGACAGUUGCCAGUACAGUGGCCAACACAUGCGGCACAUCAACGCCCGCAUCUUAACAGUUAUGCGGAGGAGAUGACACGGAUGGGCUUCGCACGAUGA